AUUUAUUUCUUAUCCUCUCCCACAACCCCCUUUAUGGAGAAUAAAAGGGUAGGGAUGACAGGAUCAUAACUCGAUAUGGUUUUAUUCUAUUCAUCGUAUUGUUUUUUUUUUUUUUGGAUUCUUUUCAUUCUUAUUUGGGGCACAUUUCUAUUAACCAAUUGAUAAACGGGAAGAUCAAAUUUACUACACUAACGUUGAAUACUUUGAUAGCAAUGAACAUCUAUAUCUGUUGUUUAUAACAUUAAAAUAAAGAAAAACAAACCUCAUAAUUAUUUCUAUACAAAGUAAACAUCGUCCUCUAAGUUAGUGGCGGAGCUAAAAAUUUAAAUGAGGGGGAAAAAAUAUACUUGAGGGAUUUGAAUAAUGGUCAUUGGUACAUGAGGGGCUACUAGUCUAUUAGUGAAUUAACUAAGGAGUAGUAGAUAGCUAGAGACGAUCAAUCAACAACAACAAGAAACAAACACAUAGUGGUUCUGAUAAUUUGAAUUGUUGGCAGAUGUCUAAUUAUGGAUCUCACAUUAUUUAUAACACGUCCCUCAAACAAGUGAAAAAAUAUAUGAAGUUGAAGUGUUAAACAUCGGAGGUCACCGAAUUUAAAUACAUACAAUAUCUUAUAUGGACUUGAUAACUUGAGUCGCGUUAAGAGAUAUUCAAUAAUAAAUCUUACAAUAUCGAUAACAUAUCUUUAAAAAAAAUAACUCAUAUGAAAUCAAUUGCUUAUACAAUGUCUUUUUUAACAUUGAGAAUCAUCCGGAUUUUGAUACCUAAGUUCGAAACAAAUACAUCAGCUGCCGAACACCCAAUCCAAGGUGCCUGUUUGUGAUUUUUGGACGCAUUAUAUUAUUGUCAAACAUUUGGAGUCUCUACGUAACAUGCAUUUACUAGUCAGUGGCGGAUCUAGGGGUGGACAUCCCGGACCACGGUCCAGCCCUUCUCUCGAUCCGGAGUUAGUAUAACCCUUAUGAGUUUAUUGAUUUUAGUCAUUCGGUUUAGUGUUAUUUUAUAAUAAGAUGAACCUAUUCAAAUCACAACUCUAAAUUUAGCCUGAAAAUUCUAGCUCCAAUGAUUCUCAUCUAAAAAAACAAACAAUGAAACCUAAAAUUCUAAAAUGUAAAAGACUAAAAGGAAAAUGAGGUUUAUUCCCUUAAGAAAUUACUAGAGCAGCUGGUGAAAAUAGAAAUUGAUACACAAUAUAUAUUGAUUGGUGGAUUGAUUUGUCCAGUGUUGACAUUGCGUGUUUCAACGACUACUAUGGAGAGAACCUUUUCAACAAAGAAAUAGGUGAAAAAUUAUUUGCGCAAUAAAAUGAGCGAUGAAUUUCUCGUCAAUUGGUUAACUAUUCUAUGUUAAAGAGAGCAUGCUAUUGGUAUGGAUGUAAACUUCAUUAUUGAUGAAUUCACUAUAUUAAAAUUUAAAAGAUCGACGUGUACAAAUGAUAUUCUAAAAAAACUAUGAUUUUUUUUACGAUAUAUCAUUUUCUAAUGAAAUGCGGCUCAAUACUCUACUAUGUCCUGGAUCCGUCGUGGUUACUAGCUAACGGUGAACGGCUAUAAGCGCAUAAUUAAUCGUUCCUAUAUAAAGCAAACACCGUGAUGAUUCAUAUUUCAUUGGAGUUUGCGAUGUAAGAGUAAGACGAUGUAACUUAGUCGCACUCAUGAACCUGCUGGGAUUGUUGCAGUUUGGGCCAUUCUUCCCUAUUGUAUCCAAUAUUGUUGAAAUAGAAUUUCCCUUUGAAUAUCAUUGUUGAAAUUUCAGUUCCGCUUAGUGAUAUACUAUAGUUUAUGAGUUUUUUGAACAUAUCAGUUUCAUUAAAAAAACAUAGUUUAUGAGUUGAUAUUUGGUUUUAUUAGUAAAAAAUUAUAGGGUUGUCCAUGUAUAAGCAAUGGACUUAAUUUCUCGAAUGAAGAAAUAUAAGAGGACAGAGAGAUCAUGGUACACGGGCUGAGCUAGGAACGGCUCUCGGUAAUCCUACAUUUCUCUCAAGAAUUUCGAAAGUUACGUGUGUACAUUCCACGACUUUUUUGAAAUUCUAGUAUAAACUCAAGCCAAACUGUAUAAUGGUUUACUGUGCACAAAUCAGCAAAAAAAUUAAUUAGUUUAGUGGAUACUGUAUAGAAAGCUUAUAUGAUUUUACAAAUCGGGUAUUUAAUUAAUACCCGGUGACAACCAUUCUUUAAUUAAUUUUUAACUAGAUCAUUUCUAUAUUUUAAUACCACUACAAGAAAAGUGAGAUAUAGCGGCAAAAGAUGGCGGCUCUUUAUAAAUCUGCCUCUAAAACUUAAUUUCUAUCUAGCGACAAUUAAAUUAUUUGUCCUUAAAAGUGGCGGCUCUUUAUAAAUUUGCUUCCAUUUAAUUUUUCCCCCAUUUAAAUAUUAUGAUGUUGUUGUUUAGAGGCAGAUAGUUUAUCAGCAAAUUCAUUUGAAUAAAACAGAAUUAAGGACACAGGGAAUAGCCGGCAAAAAAAUAAACUAGAAUUAAAUGGCAAAUACAAUUAUGGUGGAAUAAUACGAAAAACAAGAGGCUUUAUGAACUAUUUAUGUUAAAAUGCAGUAUCAAUUUAAAAGUGCAGUUAUCAUAAUAUUAAAAAUAAUUUUCUUUUUAUUAUUUUGAUUAAUUUUAUCGCUUUUUUUAUGGGGUAACCAAGUUAGAAAUGUUAGCUUUUUUUUUUUUUUUGGCUUGUGCUGUGAAACAUCACAUUAAUUAAGUAGGGGAGUGAAGAAGAAAGAAUGGUCACUUAAGUUUGAUUACGAUAGAUUAGAUUAAUUGCAUAAUCAUGUUCCCUCAGUGGACAAGCUAGCAUCCCUUUAAAAUUAGGAGCUGGUGAAAAGAUGUAUAUUGACCUCCCAUCUCGCACCACCACAAUGGGUAAUUAGCUCGGCUGUUCCUUUCCUUUCUUUCUUGUGCUUUUUUUAUGUACGUAUAGAUAGUCCUUUUCCAAUGUAUUUCUUACUUAAAAAUCUCCAUUGAUCAGUCGCCCCGCAGUAGCAGCACCAAAGUUGCUUUUUGAAGAAUGCAGUAAGGUCUUAUUUUGAAACGUGGCAGCUGGUGGAAACGAAGCACAAAUUUUGGGGUGAAGGCUCUUAAUUAUAUAUUGGGUAGUCGGCGACCUACAGCGAAGCCAGGAUUUAGAAUUAGAAUUAAGUGGAUGAAAAUAAUGAACUUCAAUUGUUUUCUACCGACGGAAUCUAAAAUUUGGAGGGCUAAUAGUCCCUAUUUUAUCAUUUUCAAAAGUUUUCCUAAGAUAUGGGUACACAUAUUAUAACCUUAGAUAUUAAUAAAAAUAAUUGAAGGGGACUGUAAUUAGGUAUUACGAUUUGAUUCCUUAACCGAAUCAAAAACAAUUAGAAACCGAAACUCGAAUUAGCCGGUUGUAACCCGAAACCGGUCAGAGCUUAUCAAUUUUUUUGUCAACAAAAAUAGAUAAGUUGUUAAUGAUUUCGGUCAGAAUAAACAAAAAAAAACAAACCUUUAAUUACAUUAAGGCUUAUCGGUUUAUUAACAGUUUUUCGAUUCUAAUCAAAACGGUUAAGAGCUUUUCGACUUUUACCAAAUAAUAGACUAAACAUGUAAAACCGUUUCGGUUACCGACACAUAACCAUAACUUGUAGCUAUACUUGUCUGAACUACACGUAGCUCCAUCACUAAACUAGAUACAUGUAAUAAAGAUGCGAAGAGUUGACGAGAGAACAUAGGUAUUGCCCUUUUAGCAAGCAAUGUCCCAAAAAAUAGACAGCCUUCUAGAUCUUGCAAAAAUGCCUUGAACUCUAAGGUAACUAUAGACGUAUUCCAUCACUCCCUAUAUAACCCUUCUCAAUCGAUCAAAUAAAGACACGCCCAAAUAAAGACCAAAACUCACUCACCUUUCAAAGAGACCAUCCAAAAUACACUAGCUAGCUAGCUAGCUAAAAAAAAAAGUGGUCACAAAAUGAUGACCUCUCGCCGUCACUAUAUCUUCCCCACCCUCCUCCUCUCCACAAUCCUCCUCUCCCCAACACACGCGGCGGAUUUCUGCGUCGCCGAUCUGACCACCCAAACCACAUCCGGCUACACGUGCAAGAACCCGACCAACGUCACCGCCGACGACUUCGUGUUCACCGCCCUGGUCCACAGCGGCAACACCUCCAACACCAACAAGGCGUCCGCGGUCCCGGGCUUCGUCCAGCAGUUCCCGGGCCUGAACGGGCUGGGCCUGGCUGUAGCCCGGGCCGACAUCGAGCCCGGUGGCGCGAUCCCGCUCCACAGCCACCCGGCAGCCACGGAGAUGAUCUACGUGGCGGAAGGCUCCAUCACGGCCGGGUUCAUCUCCGGGGCUUCCAACGUGGUGUACGUUAGGAAGCUGAAUAAGGGCGAAGUGAUGGUUUUCCCGCGAGGGCUUUUCCACUUUCAGGUGAAUACGGGGAAAGAGCACGCCGUGGGGAUCGCGAGUUUUAGCGACGAGGAGCCCGGGGUUCAGCUGGUGAGCUUGGCGAUCUUUGGCAACGAUUUUCCGUCGUUUUUUGUGGAGAAGACGACGAAUAUUGAUGAAGCUGAGGUGAAGAAGCUCAAAGUUCUUCUUGGCGGUUCUGGCUAAGCAAAUUGCGACGUACACAGAAGAGGUUAUUUGUCCAGUUCAUUAAUAAAUAUGCGGAGCGAAGAUAUUGACGUUUUUUUUUUUUUUUUCUUGAUGGUUGUAGGUUAGUUGGUUGUUUUGAAUAAUCUUGGAUAUGAGUUAUAUAUGAUGUUCGAGAAGGGUGAUUAACAUGUUUGGAAAAAUAAUAUACUAUAGAGGGGAUGUUUGUGGGAGGUACAUAAUUACUCGUACAAAGUAUUUAUUUAUGUUGUUUCUUUAUGGGGCCUUCAAAUUAUGGGGCCUCCGGAUCUCUGUCGUAUAUAUAUGACUAAUUAUAUUUAUGUAUUAUUUGAUUUCGAUUAUGAAUUUAAAAUGAUAGAAAAUUUAUGAAUUGUGUUUUGUUAUGAUUCUAAAACAAUAAUAUCACAAAAUUAAAGAUCAAAUGCCAAAAGAAUGAACGGAUCACAUGAGGGGAAAACUUAAUAUUUGUGAUAUUUAAAAUAUUUUAUGUAUGAUUUAGAGGUAUAAUUAUUAUUUGUGACAUCAGUAGUAGUUUACUCAAAUGUAGUAUUUCAUCGGGUAGUCAAAAUCGAAUACUCGAUGCAUUUAUGACUGUUUUUAUCUUGGUGUUGUGAAUAGGUAGAAACUUAUUUAUUAUAAUGCAUAUAACUAUACCUAAGCACAUGAUUGAGCUAGCAUGAAACAGUUAGAGCAUACCAUGAAGACAAUGUAUAUGGAUCGACCAUGUACAAACAUAAAUGCUUCAUGGGUCGUACCAUACUUAAACUUCAAGGGCUUGCGCACAAGUGCGAGCACCACACAGUCUAUAUUGGUGAACUCGUUUUUUAUGGAAAAAAUACGUCAUUUGAUAAAAAUAAAACAAAAUAUUCUAAAAAUAACAUAUAAAAUUUGAAUUAAUGAGUAGUUUCUCACAUCAACGUGUGACGGCUCAUAUUCUAAAAGGUUUAUAAAAUGCAUUCAUUGUUUAUUUGAGACUCAAACAUUUUUCAAUAUAUACAACUAAAAAUUCAUUUAUAAAAUCGUUCUUGAUUAACUUUAUAAUUGAAAAAUCUUUUUUACUGCUUGCAGUAAUAACAAACAACGUCAACUAAGUGUCAAAUGUGUUGGUGCAUGAAAAUGGCACUAAUCUAUGGGCAAUAAUGAGCGCAUGAGCCAGACACUAACUCAUAAAACACAACAGUCCCUAUUAGAGGUGGCAAAUGGAUUGGAUUGGUGGAUUGAUGGAUUGAAGUUGUACCAUACCAUUAAAUGUAUAAGUUCAGGUUGUAUCAUAAAGAAAUUUGUAUCAUUAUGUUAUGGUACAACUUUACAACUUGAAGUUGUACCAUCACAUAAGAGUACAAGUUCAAGUUGUACCAUAAGAGUACAACUUUAAUGGAUUGAUGGAUUGGAUUGGUGGAUUGGAUUGAAAUUGCCACCUCUAAUCCCUAUAAUCAUACAAAUUGUGUUGCAUAUUGGCACUAACCUAUUAGAUGAGCAAAUACAACCCUCAUAAUAUUUCCAUGGAAAGGCACUUUAUAAAUUAUCAGACACACUGAAUUAAUAUAUUUUGUAAUGAGAUAUUGAAGGAAACCAAACAUAUAUCGACAUAAUUAUGCUUUUUUACUCUAUACUUUUGCCUCUUAAGAAAAAGUGGAUUAGAUGUAUAUUAAUCACGUUGUCCUCCUAGUGGUUUGUCCUCUAGGGGUUGGAGGAGGACGCAAGCGGGCUACUCCGCAAAUCUUAAUUGGGUUUAGCUUGGACUCACGGAUUUUGGCUACAACAUUCUCGCUGAUUGAUCUCCAUAUUCAGCUCAUCGACGCCUCGACUUGGUUCCCUGCGUCCUACUAGGCGGCCCAACCACCCAAAAUUUCCUUUUUUUACUCGGGUCCAGUUCCUCUAAAAUUGGCAUGCCUUCUCAGUCAUUUGUCCUCCAGGGGUCAGAGGAGGAGGACACGAACAGGCUACUCCGCAAAUCUCUCUUAGGCUUAGAGCCGCCCUCAUGGCUAGGGGCUUUGGUUGUAGCUUGCCUCUAACUCAUAUUCAUCCCAUUGAUGUCUUGACUUGGUUGGUCCCUUGUGUCUAGAUGACCCAAUCCGACCACCUUCCACCGCAGCCUGCCAACCAACAACAAAAAAAUUCCCAGAUUGGACUCAUUCUCACAACACACAUGCAUGCAAGUUCCUCCAACCUACAGGGUAACAAGUUCAAGCUUUGGUAAUUAGAGAAGGAUUGGGGCCUACUCGAGCUUGUUGUUUAUGGUGACGAAGCAUGUUCUCCUCCUUAAUUAACCCAUUAAUCACUGGUCUUGUCAAAAGAAUGAAUGAUAUAAACAAGUGAUUAUGAC